CAAAGACUCAAGAGCUCAACGGAAUCAACACGUCGACCCAUCCCAACGUGAGCACCCUGACCCGACCAGGCCAUGCCCUCUCUGCUGCACUCCUUGUUUCUGCUCGCGCUGGCACUGUUCCCCCUGCACGCGCUCGGACUCUACAGCGGUGACUCCUUCGAAACAUCUGGAGGCGAGGUGCAGAAUGAAGCGCACGCGCCAGACCACAAGUGGCAUUCCAUCGCCAAACAGCUGUGGACAGAUAUCGCAAACGCUCGCAAGGAGCAGUUUAUUAAGGCGGGAAUGGACAACAACACCAGUUUCGAAGAAAUAAGUAUUUACACGCCGCUCCUCAACGCCUCGGACGGGUGUCUGCCCGUAGGGUUCCAUGCGCAAAAAUGUCUGCGGAGGAUCUACAGCGGUUUGCGGGUGUACCAGGUUUACCUACUGUAUAUAGAGCAGGAGAACUGGUUCAUAUCCAACCUAGUGAAUAUUAAAGAGGGGACCACCAGGCUACUACAUUUAAUCAAAGAAACAGUAAAUGUAAACGAUGAGAAAUUUUCCCCGAGCGACCUGAGCGAGUUCACAGACUCGGCAUGGAUUCGGCAGAAAAUCUCACAGUUCAUUCUGCGCAACUUCACAAAGUUCAUGGUUCCUGCCAGCAGAGCGAUUAAUCACAUGAAGAACAGGAAAUUAUUGAAGCACAGUAAGGAGGAGGAGCAGUUCUUGAAACACCACCAAUGAAAUGUCCGACGUUUCCUUUAUUUUAUUUAUCAGGUCACAUAUUUAUUUAUUUAUCUAUUUAUUAAAGUGAUAUGUUUAAAACAUGUUUCUAUUUAAAUUUCAAAGUGGGUGAGAGAAGGGAAUCGAUGCUCAGAGUGAAAAUUAGUGGACUUUGUAAAGCAUUCGUGAAGAUGAUGAUAUUCAGGAGGUGUGAGUUACAUUAACUCACCUCGUACGUGUUACAUUAACACAUAUGUGACUUUUUGAGAGAUAAAUAAAGCUUUACCGCAUGAAAAUUUCAUCCAUUUUGUCAUUUAUUCGUUCAUGUUGUGUGGCGUUGAAACCGUGCGUUUGAGCAGAAAUGAACGAAGCGAAUAACUUAUAAACAACAAAAUACAAAAUACUCUAAUCACAUGGUCCAGACAUGUUAAAAAUCAUACAGAGUGAUGGAGAAGAGGGAAAAGGGAAACAGCUCUGAGUUCAAGGACACGUGCAGACAUAGUGUGUCCUCCGUGAUGACGAAUAAACACCCGGUGCUGCUUAGUGAUGGAUGGAGAGACGGUUUGCGCUUCUGCAGGAAAGAUUCAUCAUCGCUCCUUCAUCCCCAAAGCAAACU